CGAAACAACAAAGGUCGCCUGGACGGUCCAAUUCACCACCGGUCGCCAACGCCCAAACCCGCCAUGACGGCCAGCAAACGUAUACCGCCAUGAUCGACAGCGUUGAAAGCAAUUUCGGAUCUCCAGAAACUCCCCGCCCGCGUCGAGAAUCACGCUCAGAGCGACACCGCGAAUGACGGUCGCAACUCCGCACCUCAGCUACCGAUGGACGCACUGGCUCGCCUUGGCCUUUGAGAAGGCAGAAGGGAGGCUCCCGUGCCCUGUGUCGUCACAAGGCGCCCACCUCGUCCACCCGCCGCCGACGCCAGCGCUGCGAGAUGCCCCCAUCGAUCCCACCUUCGCCCAGACCCUCACGGACCGACUGAACAAGCUUGUUCGAAGACAGGAGAUCCGCGUCAACAUGUACGGCGCUGCUUUUGCCGAGGAGUGGCCCAUCUCGCGCACGCCGAUGCAGGAGGCGCGUGAGGCGAAGGCGAGGGUGCAGCAGUUUCACGAGCAGCAGCUGCGCCUCGACUCGGAUUCGCCCUCGGAGUCAGAGGAGCAUGUCCCGAAUGUCCGUCCACAGCUGCCAUCGCGGGUCGGAGAAGAUGAGGAAGAUCGCGUGUCGGCUCAACCAACGGCAAAGUUUGUCAGGUCGUCUCGGGCGUACCCUCCGCUCAAGCGUAAGCGAACGGCUUCGAACCUUCCGACUGGCUCGGCCCAUCGUCGGACCAGAAGACGAUUGAGACCGCGCCGACAGACGUGAAUGAGACGGGUGGACAAGGCUGAAGCAGAGGGGUGCAGCGACUCGGAUGCAACGCCAGAUGCCGCACAAGUUGACAGGCGAUCGGCCUGUUGGCUCGACGGCCGUAGAUUAUCGCGUGUCAGUAGCCACGGCCUGUCGGUAGAUGCCAAAUGAGGCGUGUUGAGCUGCUCGUACUAAGGCGCAAUCGUGAUUUCACCGUGUUUUACGCUGUUGACGUGACCGGUAGAGAGAACUGCAUCGAGGCCGGGGUUGAUGAUUGACCCAUUCUCGGUCGUCUGGGUCCAUUGACCGACUUGAAUGGUGUUUCCCGCUGCUGGAGUUGGCGUGAAGCUGAGGUCCGGGGGACUCGGCUGACGAUGCAGUGUCUGUAUGUAUCGGC